AGUCUCUUCGGAAACUUCUACCCGAGGACAAGAGCUAGCCAAGAGCUGCUAAGCCGUGUUGGGGCUUUAUUCCUUCUUUUCUUUUUUUUUUUCUUUUUCUUUUAUCUUUUCCCCUUUUUCAUCACCUCUCCCUCUCCUCCACUUGCACCUUCUUCCAGCUUUAACCUGCGAGAAUUUCCAAGAGGUGGUGGGAGAAAAAGAGGUGUUUAGGGUUUGGGGUUGGUUCUUUUUUUUUUUUUUUUUUAUCUCAAUCUCUCUUUGCUUUCAACAUUAUCCCCACCACUACCAGCUGCAAAAGGCUGCUCUUCUCUGUUCUGCGGCUGCCGCUAGUGGCUGAGGGUUUAAAAAAAAUUUUGGAGACAGAUCCUCUCUCUCUCUCUCUCUCUCUCCCCCUCCCUCCGACCACCCUCCUCCCACCACCACUACCACCACCUUCCUGUCCUCCGCAGCCUGAGUGCCCUUGAUUCCGGUGUUUGCUGUUGGGGGUGUUUUGGGGAGACUCUGACCAGGCCGGGUUGGGGGGGCUGGCAUUCCCCCUCGCUCUGCUCUGCGUGCACCUGGCGCUGCCCGCUUUCGCCCAACCUGUUGCAAGUCUUUAAUCCCCGCGCUUGGGACUUGCACGCAGGCAUCCCAGCCCUCCACCUCUCCCCACGUUUUGCAAUUGUCUGGCGGAAGGCAGACACUUUAAGAAAGCAGUUUCUCGCCCCCCCCCCCCCGCCCUCCUCCUGGCACUCUCCUGCCCCGCCCCAAGGUAAAAGGGGAGCCUUUUGGAGAAGAUGGUGCUCACCGCGGUGCUCCUGCUGCUGGCCGCCUGUGCGGGGCCGGCCCAGGGCCUGGGCUCCUUCGUGCACUGCGAGCCCUGCGACGAGAAAGCCCUGUCCAUGUGCCCCCCCAGCCCCCUGGGCUGUGAGCUGGUCAAGGAGCCGGGCUGCGGCUGCUGCAUGACCUGCGCCCUGGCCGAGGGGCAGUCGUGCGGCGUCUACACCGAGCGCUGCGCCCAGGGGCUGCGCUGCCUCCCCCGGCAGGACGAGGAGAAGCCGCUGCACGCCCUGCUGCACGGCCGCGGGGUUUGCCUCAACGAAAAGAGCUACCGCGAGCAAACCAAGAUCGAGAAAGAUUCCCGGGAGCAGGAGGAGCCCACUACCUCUGAGAUGGCCGAGGAAACCUACCCCCCCAAGACCUUCCGGCCCAAGCACAGCCGCAUCUCCGAGCUGAAGGCCGAGGCGGUGAAGAAGGACCGCAGGAAGAAGCUGACCCAGUCCAAGCUGGCUGGGGCCGCCGAGAACACCGCCCACCCCCGUGUCAUCCCUGGGCCUGAGCUGAGACAGGACUCCGAGCAGGGCCCAUGCCGCCGCCACAUGGAGACAUCGCUGCAGGAGCUCAAAGCCAGCCCCCGCAUGGUGCCGCGUGCAGUGUACCUGCCCAACUGUGACCGCAAGGGCUUCUACAAGAGGAAGCAGUGCAAGCCUUCCCGUGGCCGCAAACGUGGCAUCUGCUGGUGCGUGGACAAGUACGGCAUGAAGCUGCCCGGCAUGGAGUACGUGGAUGGCGACUUUCAGUGCCACACCUUCGACAGCAGCAACGUUGAGUGAAGCAUCCCCUCCCCAUCCUUCUGUCCUCACCCCAUCCCACAAGCUCCAUCCAGCCCCUUCCCUCCCCACCCCACCCCCAACUCCAACCAGCACCUCCCUCCAACCCCAGGACGUCACUCAUUUCAUCUCAUUUAAGGGAAAAAAAAAAUAUAUAUAUAUAUAUAUCCACGCAUAUAUAUCUAUCUAUCUGAGGAAACAGAGGACCUCGGAAUCUGUAGCAAGGUCUCCACUUUGGAAAAGAGAAACGGCAACAGCGGAUAUGCAGGGCGCUAAGGAGAGCCCCCACCACCACCACCACCACAAAAACAGAACGAGAAAAAGACGGUUUUCUUGACUAUGUGGAGGCAAGUUGAAUGAACAGGGAAGGGAAGAGAGGAAGAAGGAGAGAAAGUGCAGAGAGGAAAGAUUGUAGAAGAGAGGGAAAGACGGAGAAUGUUCAGGAAAAGAAGCCUGGACAGGAAAGAGGGGCCCUCAGGAUGUGUCGACAUCAGUCCUGUUCAGGGAGGCAUUUGACACAGGAAGGCUUGGCCCCAGAGGUGGCAUUAGGUGACACACUUAGAAUUUCUCCCAGUCUGGAGUGGUCACAUGGGGGAGAACAGACAGAGGGGGUCAGGGUCAGCAAAUGAGGGCUUGACCCCUGACCUUCCUCACCUCUGACCCCCAGAGGCGUGUCCUCCUCCAAAUUGAGUCCAUGUGUCCUGCUCCAAGUGCACUCCAUGUCCCCCCAAGCAGGCAGAUGAAUAGCCAAGCAAGGUUAGACAGAGGUUUUCCUAAGCAGACACACGGACACUAAGUGUGUGUGUUACACACUUACCAGCUGACUUUAUGAAUCCAUACACACAACACAGCCCAAUUAUGGAAAGACUUGUUCUUCCAGAGUGAUUGUAUAUCCACAUCAAAAUGUGAGGUGUCAGCCCCUCAUGGCAUUCAAUUUGCAACCAUCCUCUGUGGGAGAGAAUGAGCUGGAAACAAUCUGUGGGCUUGUAUUUAUCUUCAAGCCACCAUACAGUCAUGUGUAGGAAUAUAAGUCUCUUUUCUUUCUCUUUCCUUCCUUCCUUCCUUCCUUCCUUCCUUCCUUCCUUCCUUCCUUCUUUCCUUCCUUUCUUGUAAAGUUUUGCAUUAGCUUUUCAGAGCUGCCCCUUUUCAGAGGCAUGGAGGAGCUUCCUCAUUCUGGGAAAACCAAGAAAAAACUUACUUCUUCUCAUAGCCUAUCUCCCUGAGCAAGUGCAACAUUUGGUGGGACACAGAAUGGGAUUUCUUUCUUUCUUUUUUUUUUGUUUUUGUUUUUGUCCUGAGUCCUAGGGUGCACCUGUGUUCAUACACUCCUCCAAACCAAGUAGAGGAGGACACUUAAGGGUGCCUGACUCCCCAAGACACCAGAAUAGAGCCGGCAUUUUCAAAGGCUGUGGUGGAGCAGGAGGGAGAGUGAAACAGUGAAGAGGGAGCUAGAGGGGAAGGACUUAACUACGGGGACAGAGUGCUUGCGACUGCUGAGGCCAGAGGGGCUGGAGCAGAAGGCAUGGAGGGCAGAGCUUGGGGGCUGGCUGCCUCCAGGCUUUGCAGCAAAGCCAUAGAAAAGGGGACAGAGGCCAGAGGAGUUCCUAGGACCCCCAUCCCAUAAGCCCUCUGAGACUCAGGAGGAAGGAGAGAGAAGAGGAAUUGGUUUUUAGAGGAGAAAUGAGCUGAAUCCAAGCUACAAAGAUGGGGCUGUGGGGCGCUUGACGAAAGUCUUAGACCAUAGGGACUGGACAAGAACAGAGCACGAGAGAGGCUGCUCAGUGGCUCAACAGUGGCCCCCCAAAAAGAGGACAAGACCGUGUCCUCAGAUGCCCAUCUGCAGCCUGCAAGGAGGAACAGAGUGUUUCAAGCCCUUACUUCAUCUGACCAGCCCAUGCUUUUCUCCCUGGAAUAGAGGAGAGAAGAAAGACUCCUCUGGCCCCCAGGACUAACAGGAAACAUAGAGGGGCUGUUAUUUGGUAGCAAGAUUCUAAAACCAAGAAAAAUCCCAUUCCAGCAUCUUCCUCCACGAACUUGGGGCUGUCCCCUGAGCUUGGACCAAGCUUCUGGGGACAGGGGACUUAGACUCUCUGAUCAAGGAGAACCCACCCUACAGUGAACACAGACCCUGCAUUCUCUCUUUAUGACAAGCCACCGAGAGACGCCCCCUACAACAUCCGCCUUAGGGCGGUGAAGAGGGACUCCAGAGAAUCGGGUGUCUUUCUUUCAGCCAGUGCAAAACGUGCAGCUGUGGCGCUAGAUGUCCCCCCACAUUUCUGGAUGGACAGUGACUGGGAAUAGAAGGGACUUGAUGGGGAUGGUGGCCCUGGGCUACUGUCCCAAGCUUAUAGACCUCAGUCCGAGGCCAGUAUUGCCUCCCUCCCCCCCUCUCUCUCCCUCGCCAUCUUUCUUUGGACCCUCAGCAGUCACCCAGGUGGGACCUGCCAUGUGGAUACUGGGGUGCCAUUUCCCCCCCUUAAAGAGACUAAGCCGAGAACUGCAUGUCCCAUUCUUCACCCCUCCCAAGGCCUGGACCUGAUUCUUAAGGCAGGUGGGGGUGGGAGGGAGUCUCCCCAACGCCACCCCCACCCCUGUCUACUGGAUUUUGAAUGGGCCUCUGUGGCUUUUGUUGGCUCUUUGCUGUCACCCAUACAUGGAGGUUCACGGCGGGCAGUUGCCUCAAGUUCUCACAGUCUGUACCCACUCACCCAACGCUGAGAGCCUCCAAUUUGGGGCUUGGGGUGGAGGACUCUGGUGUCACUCCCUAAGUUGAGUCCAAAGUAGGGAGAUCACAGGGAAGGGGUCCUUGGGGAAGAUGGCGCCCCUAACAGGAGGAGGGGAGAAUGGGGUGCUGCCAGCAACAAUCUCCUUGUCUCUGGAGACCUGAGAAUGAGGUCUCUGCUCACAGAGAGUUCAGACUCCAGAUUGUCUAGAUCCACCCAUCUAGAUGUUGUCUUCUUCCUAAAUCGGGUGUCUUCCCACUCCCUGUCCCCCUUUGACUCAUGCCUCACACCGGCAGGGAAGACCCCCUGAAGUCCCCCUCACACAUACACAAUGCUUCCAGAUGAUGGAGGGGGGGGGCAGCCAGGACAGAUGCUUCUCCCCCUUCCCAGAGUCACCACACCCACCCCAGGGCAGAUGGGGCAUCUGGGACUGAAGAGACUCAAGUUUCUCGACAGCCAGGCCUGAACUCACAGGCGUGGAGACAUUCAAACCCACACAGAGGGAGGAAGGGAGGCCCACGUAGUCAGCUGGGGACACCUCCUCUCCCCUCAGCCAUAUCUCACUCACCCUACGACCCCUGCCCCCCCCCCCCCCGCCUCCAGAGGAGGUGGCCCUGGACCCUGCAGUGCAUCAGAAGAAGACAAGGCUGCAUGCAUGAGUCGCAGGGCAGCUGCCAAGCUCCCAACCACCCCCGACACUGGCCUCAUUUCAGUGGCCAGGGAGACACCGGCUCUGGUCUGGGGAAGAAUCCCUGAGCUUCCAAGAGAAAGGAGGCUGAGACUAGAGGAGCUGGGGGUGGGGUGGGAUGGGGGGCACAGAGAGGGGGUUUUACCAGCCAGCCACCUGGGCAUCGUACUGUCUUCAUGUAUGAAAAACCACUACAGUGCAGAAGUGUCUUUUGCACUCACCUCCCCCUUCAGUCUUGUUUGUUCAUUUGUUGUUGUUGUUGUUGUUGUUGUUUUUUUGUAAACACGUUUCCUGGGUUUUCUCAUGGAGAAUCUAGUUUAGCCUUUCCACAAACUCUGGCCUCCUCUCAAACUCCUUUUGGAUGGGGGAAGAGAAGGUGGGGGUCAGACCAGAGGACUUCCAGCCACCCCUGUGCCCCCUCACCUCACACUCUGGACCCUCCAGCCACCUGCCUGAGUUCCACCCUUCCGCCAUCGUCUCCACACACACAGUAGCCCCCACGGAUAGACAGUUCAGACAGGAUUCCUUCAGAUGCCGAGUUGCCUGCCAGUUUGUUUUGGUUUUUAAGAAAAGCAGUAACCACAGCACAUGUUAACGGUAGUUCUUUAUAGUUUUGCAUACGUAUGUACCAUAGUUCUGUCCCUUUCUCUUGCUCUAUUUUUUUUUGUUUUAGUUUUAACUUUUUUUUUAUAAAUGCACAUAAUCUUGACUGGUGAAAAGAAUGAAAAAGAUAAUGACAAUAAACCAGCAAACAAAAUUGGUUUGCAGGGAAUAAAAAAAAAAAAACCUGAAUGCAAAAGA